UAAAACAUCUUUUUGUUUAUGUUGCAUAAUAUGUGAACGUGUUGAACUAGUCAAUGCACGUGACGGUGUUUAUGUUCUAUUCACCAGACUUGGUCGUUCACAAGAAACAACACACGACCAGGCAGAAGAAAACAACUUUGAAUUCCUCUACAACAAUUUGGAACCAUUCUAGAAAGCAACCUUAGUUACAAGAAUUGAUGGAAGCUUCGGGUAUGCGUGUCUUAUGGUUUGUUUUUCAUAUUUGAUGACUCUCACACACAAAAACAAACAUUAAUAAUUUAGUAGUUCGUAGUGAAGGCUAAGAAUAUACAAACACAACAGAUGGCAUGUUCUGUGCCUUUUAACAACAAGAAUUUGGAUAUAAGUUUCUUUGUUUUCAAGCCAACUAUUGUAAUCAUAGAUGACCUUGUUCAUGGACUCAAACACUUCUCCUUAACCACUGAGAGCCUUGGUUGUGUUCAAAGCUCUAUAUUUAGGAGCAUCCAUGGAAAUAUGAUUUGUUUUCCACGAGUUCAUGUUCAUGAAGAACUUCUAUCUUUCAGUGAAUGACAACUUCAGAUGCCAUUGCUUCAUGAUCAUAUGGUAUGGAGCAUGGCAGAGGCGGUCGAGUAAGGAAAAAGAGGAGCUGACCUCAACCCUUAAAUCAAUGUUAAGCAACAUAUCAAGCAUGGCUGUGUUAAUUGAACACAGUUUCCUUGAAGCAUACGGUGGAGAAUCAAGAGAUGGCUCUUCAACUGCAAAAUUCUCCACUGGGGACAUAAUAUCCUUGAACUCAGCAGUCACCACUACUAAUGACCUCAAUGACCUUUGCUACGCGGUCCUAGCCAUUUUAAGGUCACGCUUUGCAAAAAUGGAAGGCAUAACCGCUGGCCUUUGCUUCAAGGGACAAAGCAAACCCAGAGUGGUGUGCAUUCAUGUCUGGAAGUCUCUCCAUUUUUGUUACUCUUGGAUUCUCAACUCUGACCACAGAAAUUGGAUGAUGCCAUAUCUUGAACGCUUCUCUAUCAACAUGAAGUAUGAUAUUUUCCGAGUAGUCUAUGUUAGGGGUGACAAUGUGGUUGAUCUUAACUGCAUUUCUACUCAUCAGAUGUUAGAAAAUGGGAAAGAAAGUAGUAGGCAAGGGCAGGUUAUGCAGAACUGAGACUGCUGCAAAGGGUUUCAAAUUUAGAACCAUCAAAUUUGCCAAGUUAUCUUGUAAAUAUUGCAUAUUACUUUUUUAAGUUCAAUUUACGGAUUAGAACUCAAAGUUGCAUGUUACAUAAGUACCAUCCUGUGAGGCCUUCUCAACUAUUUAACAAAGCAAUACUGUGUAUAGGAAUGGCUUUGGACAGCAUGGUCUUAAUCUUCAGUGAAAGUACGGAUCGUACGGCAAGAUAGUUGUUUUCACUUUGAUAUGUAGAGAUUGAGAUAGGCAGGGUUUUUUAAACAACUUAGCUUUGUCACGGAAACAAUAAUUUUGUAAGUCAUUUUCAAAAUAUACAAGGUUUGAAUAGCAAUGUUCUAGUGAUUCA